AUGUUUAAUCCAAGAAUUUCAAUUGACAAGAAUUCCCUCAAACCAUCAUCACCUCAUCAACUUUAUCAAAGAGCAAUGACUGCCUUUCAAGGAGAACAAUACUUAACAGCAUCAUUUUUACUUACAGAACCAAAUGGUAUUUCAAAAAUUUAUCCAAUCGGUGAUAUUUCUGAAUAUGAAAAGACUCUUCUCAAUGCUGCAAUUCCUGAAUUAAGAGCAAAUAUUAAUAAAGGUGUUUCAUUCAUACAAGAACAACAAUAA